GUCUUUGGUUUUAGUUUGCAUUUGCAUUGCGCAAAGUGCAAAUCUCAUCAGAAAAAGAGCCAACGGUGCGGAGUCAUCAUGUCGUUUUGGAGCCACGUACUGGAUGCCCUGCUGGCACUGGUCCACAUCCUGAGCGACCGCCUGCUGGAGUUCGUUUUGGGCUGGUAUCUGGGUGAGCACAAGCGAGUUCCGGGUCCACCGAGCCUCGAACAGCAGCAGCUGCUGACCAAAAGCGCCGUGGAGUUGGCCCAACAGAUCCGGGAACGCAAGCUGCGGAGUUACGACAUCGUGAAGGCGUACUGCGAACGGAUAGAGAGUGUUAAUAGGGAUCUAAAUGCCAUUGUGGAUGGUCCCUUUCCGGAGGCACUGGAUCAGGCACGCGAAAUCGACAGGAGGUUGGCUAAGAAGGAGUACAGCGAUGAGGAUUUCCGGCGGCAGCCCUUCCUGGGUGUUCCUUUCUCCACCAAGGAUAGUACUGCCGUAGCCGGGAAGCUCCAUACCUUGGGUUUGCUAUCCCGAAAGGAGGAACGUUCCUCCACCGAUGCCGAAUGCGUUCGCCUGAUGAAGGAGAGCGGCGCCAUUAUCAUUGCCACCUCAAAUGUUCCAGAGGUCAACAAGUGGAUUGAGUCGAGGAAUAUGCUGAUUGGUUGCACCAACAAUCCCUAUGAUCUCCGUCGCUCUGUGGGAGGUUCUUCUGGCGGAGAAGCAGCUCUAAUCGCCGCCUGCUGUACGGGCUUCGGUCUGGGAACCGACAUUGGUGGCUCCAUCCGCAUUCCCGCCUUCAAUUGCGGCGUCUUUGGGCACAAACCCACUUCGGGAGCGGUGAAUAUGGCGGGCUGCACCUUUAGAACGGGCAAGGAGAAGGAGACAAUGGUGUGUGCCGGUCCCAUGAGUCGAUCUGCUCGAGAUCUCCUGCCCAUGAUGCAGGUUCUGGUGGAACCCUCACUCAAAUCGAAGCUAAAACUGGACGAGCAGGUGGAUUUGAAGCGGCUGCGUUACUUUUAUGUUUCCUCCAAUGGCAUGGCUCAGUGUAAUCCUAUCAAUCGGGAAACCGAGAGAGUUAUGUACAAGAUACGAAAACAUUUCGAGGGGCUGAGCGGUAAGGAUGUUCGCCAUGCCAAUAUACCCAAUACUAAGAUGACCGGAAAGAUGUGGCGCUAUUGGAUGACCCAGGAGCCGGCCAACUUUAAUCUGCUGCUGGGCAACGGAGCCGAACUCAAUCCUUUCGUAGAGCUCUUCAAGAAGAUCCUGGGGCAAAGUGACUACAGUAUGGCUGCUAUUUAUGGCCUGAUCGAUAGCGUUCUGCCCAAGGAGAAGGAGAAACUGAUGAGGGAGGCCACGGCGAAGUGCAGGAAAUCUGUACAGGAUUUACUAGGCGACGAUGGGGUACUGUUCUUCCACAGCUCGCCGAGAACAGCACCGUUCCACUUCUAUCCGCUGGUCAAGUUCAAUGAUUUCGCCUACUUCAGCCUGUUCAAUGUGCUCCAUUUGCCGGCCACUCAGGUCCCGAUGGGUCUGGAUUCGAAGGGGAUGCCUUUGGGCAUCCAAGUGGUGGCCAAUCCGAACAACGAUCGUCUUUGCCUGGCGGUCGCCGAGGAACUGGAGAAGACCUUCGGUGGAUGGGUGCCGCCGUUUCCCCUGAAACAAUAGAUGUUUUAUUGUGUAUUUGAUCAAAUAAUUGUUAAACUAUGUACUUUAGGUGUCGGUAACGCUGGAGACUGUCGCUUGUGGCCUUUGUUACAGGAAUUUAAUAAAACUUACAUUCUUUGUA